AUGAAUUUAAUUUUAUUAAUUGUUCUUUGUAAGAGUUUUUCACAAGAAUCUCCAACAUUCUAUGGAUUACUUCCAAAGAAAAAAUCUCUUCAAUAUUUUGUUUCAGAAAUUGAAUAUCCAUACCGAUUGAUUACUAUCAAUGGGAAUUCAACAAACAAUUACAAAAAAGAGUGUAUUAGAGGAAGAAGAACAAGAAUACAUAUUAGUGAUUAUAAAGAAGUGAUUGGAUCAAUUAGCUUUGAACAAAUAAAAGUUUUACUCAUUGAACAUGGACCAUUUAUUGGAAUGAUUUAUAGUAAUGAUCAAUUACGAAAAUAUUCAGGUGGGAUAUUACAUUUAAAUUGUCCUGUUGUUCCAACACUUAAUCAUGCAAUCAUUGUUGUUGGAUAUGGAGAAGAAAAUCAAGAGAAAUAUAUCAUUAUUAGAAAUUCAUGGGGGAAUUCAUGGGGAGAAAUGGGAUAUGCUAGGAUAUCAAUUAAUGAUUUAUGUGGAUUAGAUGGAAUAAAAUAUUCUGAUUAUCCAACAAUUUUAUAUUUGAAAACACAAUUACCAAAACAAAUCUAUUCGAAUUAUUGA